AUGAUGAUCAAUGAAUGUGGCCAUCCUCUUUGCAAAAACUGUGUAGAAAAUAUUUAUGCUCGAAAUUCUGGAAAUUGUCACAUAUGCAAUCGUCUUUUGAAAAAGAAUGGUUUUCGUGAACAAAUCUUCGAAGAUCCACUUAUCGACAAAGAAACUCAUCUUAGAAGGAAAUUGCGAAAAAUUUAUAAUUUGAAAAACGACGAUUUUGAGACACUUCGAGAAUUUCAUGAUUAUCAAGAAAGAUUCGAAACAAUCGUUUAUAAUUUGGUUUUCGAAACUGAUGUUGUUCAAACAAAUGCAGAAAUUCAAGCUUUCGAAGACAAUUAUAAAGAUAAAAUUGAAAGAAACAAAAGAAGAUUAGACGAAGAUCAAAAAUGGGUAGAAGAUAAUUUACGAGAAGAAAGAGCUAUGAAACAACGAGUGAAUGAAGGACAAGAACAAGAUCAAAAAGAAAAAGAAAGUAUAACUGCUAGAACAGAUACUAAAGCUAUUAUGGAUGAACUUCGUGAUUCAAAUGUUGCAGCUGAAGAAAUUUUGAAUAGAGAAAGAAAGAAACAAGUUGAAAAAGAAAUGGAAGAAAAAGAGGAACAAGAAAAACGUAAACGUCGAAACAAAGGUACGUGACAUUUUUAAAUAAUUGAUCAUUUUUCAUUUCAUUUCAGAAAUCUUUCAAACACGCAAACGACAAGCCGAAAAUAUGUCAUUCACAUCAGCGAUGCGUAUUGCUGGAAGACCGUAUAUUCAUCAAAAUCUUGAGUUGGUUAUUAAUGGACCAGUUGUACCAACAGCAAUACAGAUUAAUAAAAUGGGAUAUUUGGCACAUAUGCGACCACCAUCAGCGGUAAAUUUUAUUCAUUUUGCCAUUUACUUUUUAUUUAAUGUUUGCUUUUUUGCAGGGUCGAGUUGCUGGUGGUUACACAGCUACAGUUGGUUGUUCACGUGCUUUACUCGAAUCUCGUCUCGAUCUUUUAGUUUUUUGA